ACGAUACAUAACCUUAGUUUAUGAAUUGGUUUUUAUUUUCUAAUGAAUCAAUGAUAUUUUCGUAAUUACUGUUUAUUUACUUCAAGAAGUAUUAUUUUUUUCUGAAAGGUGUUCAAAAUGGUAAAAGAGACUAAUCUGAAAAAGAAACGUAAAACUACCAAUUCAGAAGCUGAAAUCGAAAUUGAUAUCUACAGAAAAGUAAUUGCCUUUGAAGAAAAAGAAGCUGAAAAUCGCCAAAAUGAAAUCGAUGCUAGCAUUCAUUUCGAAUCGUGUAGAGACAUCAAGGAUAUGCUGGGGGAAAUCUACAAACAAAAACAAGAAGAUCCCUCAAUGAAAAAUUCCAACAAAGAACUGCAAACUGAUAUAUUCAUUAAACUAUGUAUUAUUAAGAAAUUGAACAGAUUCGAUAAGAUCAGGCACGUUUUCGGAAGAGAAACUAUGGCAGGCGAAAAGCAAAAGUGCGAUAGCAUCAAACUGAGCUAUCAAAAUCUGGUUUAUGAGCUGCAUCAUCUGGUAGCAGAAACCAAUAAGUGUCUUGCUUUCAAAUCUAGAGAUGAAGACAUUGAACUGGUGCCAUUUGAAGAUUUCAUGAGGGAUGCUCCGUCCUCCUUAUCAAAAAAGUUCGAUAGUUUUAAUCCUCAAGACAGAGAGCAAGAGCAUAGCUUACGUUUGGCUCGUUUGGAAUGGGAACUUAUGCAGCGUAAAAACCUAGCCCAGCUAUGCAAAUCUCUUCAAGAGGAGCAAAAGAAAAUAGGUCAGGUUCUUGUCGAUCUAAAAGAGAAGCUGAAUGCACUUCGUCCCCUACUUCUGGAUGUAAUAAACUCUGCUAAACCGCUCCAAGAACACCUGGAUAUAUCCUCAAAGGAACUGCGUGCCGAGCACAAACUAUCUCACCUUCUUCCCGAUCCGCUUUAUAUAUUCUAUGUCAAUAUCCUAUCGUACACUAAUGUUUACGAUCUGAGCUUGAAUGUGGAGAUACUUGGAGAUGUGGAGGAAGCUGCCCAGUGGAAUGAAGUACAGGACCGCGAUGACACACUUGUCGAGGAUGAAGGUUCUGAGCAAGAGGCUGAUACCGCCGAAGUUGAGGAGGUUGUGGAAAUGAAAAAGAGGCGUCACAGGAAAUCAUUGCAUCAAGUCGAUCCAAUGGAGGAGAAAAAAAAAUCGCUGUUAGAAGUUCACCCCUUGAGUGUGGAAAUUACUGCAAAACUGAACUGUGGAACAUCAGUGGUGGCUACUUUUCGGUACUGUACCAAGUUGAAGAUUGUUACAGUAACCUCUAAAACUAAUAUUUCUCCUACUAUCACGGGUCAUGCAGCUCGAGAAGUCCUCUCUGGAGAAAACAUUCUCAGCGAGCUUGUGAAGGGAGAUUUAGGCUUGGACAGUCCCAACCCAAUUUCUAAGUUCCAAAUAAAGAAAGUAGGGGUGACUUCUUUCCAGUCGCUUGUGCCCCAAAUCGGUUACGCCUACCAUUGGGCUCAGAGGGUGUGUGGCAUGGAUUUUCUGACAAAACAGGUGAAUUGCCAAGAAAUAGGAAACUCGAAUGUAGAGAACAUUGUCAAAAUACUGUUCAAGCGCCUAGAAGCAAAGUACAACUUAGCCUGUCAGCUUCAGAUGUUAGAACAGAAUACAUUACCAAAAUUUCCUGACAUGGAGAAGUAUCCUUCAAAUCCUCAAACAUCUUUGACGAAAUGGUCUUCAAUUACCUACCAGAAGUACUGUCAGUCAAACUUCACUCAAAUGUUUGUUGAAGAUGAAUUUGUGUCUCCCGCAGAUUUGUUUUACUCUUUGGAGCUUACCAGAGGAAAUGCCACGUUGCAUGUUCUAAUUGCUAUCAAAAACAACUACCCAGAAACCUCACCUCUGUUUUCUCUCUGCCUGAACUUCAACGGUGUUUACGAUUCAAGUAAUAGCGAUGAAAUAAGAGAGCUGGAGAUGAUGGUGAAUGUGAACCAAGAAAAUGAUAGUGUUCGCUCGGCAUGGGUUCUAUCAGCUCGUCUGACUCUUUUAUGCUCUUAUUUGGAUGUGUAUUUGGAAUCCUCCGAUGGCAAGGCUUUCCCGCAGAGUGUUACAUUUGUUAAGAAUAUUUGUGGAAGAAACAGGAAGAGGCCUUAUAAGUUUAGGAAGAUGGGAAACGGAAUAUUCACACAUUACUGACUCGAUUUUUAGAUUUGUACAUUUUAUAAUUGAUUUUAAGUUUACGAAUACAUUUUUUUUUAAUUUGGAGACUGUACAUUGCUUUCCAUAUAAAUGUGUGUUGUUUUCCCUA